UUCUCAUAACACUGCUCAGUGAGAGACCGAACUCAAACCAUCACUUUCUUGUCUGGAUAUUAAUCUUACAACUUCACAAUGGGAGAUGAAGAUAUUGCAGCUUUAGUCGUAGACAAUGGAUCCGGAAUGUGCAAGGCCGGAUUUGCCGGAGACGAUGCUCCCAGAGCUGUGUUUCCCUCCAUUGUCGGACGCCCCAGACAUCAGGGUGUGAUGGUUGGUAUGGGACAGAAGGACAGCUAUGUAGGAGACGAGGCCCAGAGCAAGAGAGGUAUCCUCACCCUCAAGUACCCCAUUGAACACGGCAUCGUCACCAACUGGGAUGACAUGGAGAAAAUCUGGCAUCAUACCUUCUACAAUGAACUCCGUGUGGCCCCAGAGGAACACCCCGUCCUCCUGACCGAGGCCCCACUCAACCCCAAGGCCAACAGAGAAAAGAUGACACAAAUCAUGUUCGAGACCUUCAACUCUCCCGCCAUGUACGUCGCCAUCCAGGCUGUACUGUCCCUGUACGCUUCCGGUCGUACAACCGGUAUCGUACUCGACUCCGGAGAUGGUGUGUCUCACACAGUCCCCAUCUACGAGGGUUACGCCCUUCCCCACGCCAUCAUGAGAUUGGAUCUCGCUGGACGUGAUCUGACCGAUUACCUCAUGAAAAUCCUCACAGAGCGUGGAUACUCUUUCACCACCACAGCCGAGAGAGAAAUCGUCAGAGACAUCAAGGAGAAACUGUGCUACGUUGCCCUGGACUUCGAACAAGAGAUGGCCACUGCUGCUUCAUCCUCAUCUCUAGAGAAGAGCUAUGAACUUCCCGACGGUCAGGUCAUCACCAUUGGCAACGAGCGAUUCAGGUGCCCAGAGGCCAUGUUCCAGCCAUCCUUCCUUGGAAUGGAAUCUUCCGGAAUCCAUGAAACAUCAUACAACAGUAUCAUGAAAUGUGAUGUCGAUAUCCGUAAAGACUUGUACGCUAAUAUUGUCCUGUCUGGAGGUACCACCAUGUUCCCCGGCAUUGCUGACCGUAUGCAAAAGGAGGUCACCGCCCUCGCUCCCCCAACAAUGAAGAUUAAGGUCAUUGCUCCACCUGAGAGGAAAUACUCCGUCUGGAUCGGUGGUUCCAUCCUUGCUUCUCUCUCCACCUUCCAACAGAUGUGGAUCAGCAAACAGGAGUACGACGAAUCUGGACCAUCCAUUGUCCACAGGAAAUGCUUCUAAAUAGACUCAUUAGUUUUAAUAAGAUUCUUUUUCUGUAGUUUAGAUUGUUAAAUAGUAGUUCUCAUUACACACACGUGAUGAUUGAGUAAAGACCAUCUGGCCAUCAAGUGGCUGUGAUAGGAUUUUUAUAUAGAUUACAUACCCCUUAGAAAUAUCUUAGAUCAGACUAGUAUGAAAUAUGAUAAAGCUUUAUUAACACUGUUUCGUUCUUGAUUCUGAAUAAAAUGUUAUCACAUUGUU